UCAUAGUUUCCAUUUGCAAUUGCUGUAGAGGCAGCCCUUCACAAGGACCCCUAAGAUAAGCCAAAGCCAUAGGUCAUGUGUUAGCAUCUCAUGGGGUGUUAGAUGCGUAAUUCUGUUAGUUUGCAUGCGAAAGUUUGUUAAGGCAAAAGGUAGAGCAUCAUUCUAGUAAAAAGCUUGUUACGGUUGCCUUUAAGAGUACAAGUCACCCAUUCCACCCUGUGAUUGAUGAUACACACAGACUAGUCUCUGCUUUAUUCUUAGUUGCUGUAGCAGUUUUCAUCGUCAACUGAACAAAGGCAGAGCCAUUGUCAAAGCUAUUCUCAGAUGGUAUGCCAAACCUGGGAAUUAAUUCUCUGGUCAAAAAUGUGAUCUCUGUGCUUGCAGAUUGGUCUGCUGAUGGUGUUGCUUUCACCAAUCUAUUGAACCUGUCUGGUGUCACCAGCAUGUACCUCUUUCCUCUCAUCUGUUUAACCAUGUCUUCAAAGUCUAUCACUGAAUGUUUGAAAAGUCUUUCUGGAUCCGGUGUCUUAUUGGGGCUGAUGUUCUGACCUUGUUUUGAGCAUUGAGGCCAUCUCAACUUAACUGCAAUGGAUGUGACUCUGGAUCCUGAUACAGCCCAUCCUAAUCUCAUCCUGUCUGAUGAUGGAAAAGAAGUGACAUGUGGAGACGAGUGUCAGGAUCUCCCUGAUACGCCACAGAGGUGUAAUAAAUGUGUGAAUGUUCUGGGAAAGCAGAGUUUCUCCUCAGGAAGAUUUUAUUAUGAGGUGCAGGUCGGACAGAAAAUAUCAUGGAUAUUAGGAGUCAUGAGAGAAAACGUUAACAGAAAGGGGGAGAUUCCACUGAGGCCUCAGGAAGGAUUGUGGACUAUGGCUGUAUGGGAUGGGCAUCGAUACUGGGCUUAUGAGGAUCCCCCUGUCCCCCUCACACUGAGAAAGAAGUUGGAGGUGGUGGGGGUGUUUGUGGAUUAUGAGGAGCGUCUGGUCUCCUUUUAUGAUGUGAAGUCCAGCUCUCAUAUCUACUCUUUCACUGGUCAGUAUUUUGCUGCUAAACUCUACCCUUUCUUUAGUCCUCGGUCCAAUGAUGAAGGUAAAAAUUCCGCACCACUGAUCAUCUCUCCUAUAAUUAAAGAUUGAAUUUUCACCUCACACAUUUAUUAAUCUAUUAAAUGAGAAUAAAAAUUAAUUUCACUUUUUCUGUUUAGUUUUAGAAAUGCAUGUUCCUUUUCUGUGUUCUAAGUGCUGUACAGUUUAUUUUUCAUACCUUGUUUAUUCAUUUUUAAUACCUUGUUAAAACAAACCAACCUGGUUUGUUGCAAAUUAAAUGCACUUCUGGUUAGAUGCUAACUGUAGUUCGUGGCCUUGUACCCACAUGUGCAGUGACAGUGAAGUUGAAUCUAAUCUAAAUAUGAAUAAAAUGCAGUUACAGUUCACACACACACACACAAUUUACUGCAAAUGUAAUAUGAUCAGUAAAUUGUAUUACGUAUAGCUGCUUAUUUCUGUUUACAUAAAACCGCACAAAACUGUGUUUCUUCUGUAAACUUCGCCAAAUUGCGCCAUCUACUGGUCUAAAGGUGAAAUUACCUGGUCCAUCAGAAAUACCUCUACUUCAUGUUUAAUUUCCUAAAUGUUAGACGUCAGACUGAGCCUCAUUAAUAUUCAUAAAGAAGUGCUGCCUGAUUGGUCAAUGAAACUUAGGCUCUGACGUCUGAUGUUUGCUGGACAGGAUUAACCAGAAAUAUACAUUUUUAUUUUAUUUUAUUUUAUUUUCUGAUUGAAAAGCUAGCUAGACGCAGUAAAGAUUGUUUUCCUUCUGCUUUCAUGCACUUUUCAAUCCUGCUGUGUUUUUAUGUAGUACAUUCCCCACACUGAAAUUAACAUUAAAAUGUCAUUAAUGUGAUAAAACGGGUAAAUGCUGAGCAAACUCUCAGUUCAGACUAAACACACAGUGUGACUAGCUGUAGCCAAUGCUUUCAAUAAAUAUUUAUUGUGUUGUUAUUAUGUAUAAGGCUGCAACAAUGGCAAGAAUAAACAGUAUAAUUAUAUGAAAAUAAACAAAUGUGUGUAAUAAAUAAAUCCAACCUUAAUAUGUAAAGCAAAGUAUUCUUAUAUAACAUAAAAAAUAUUAUUUACUUACUAAUAGAAAGUAUAAUUACGUGUGUGUGUGUGUGUGUUUUCUCUCUGCUAUUCAGGGAUGUGACUGAUUCUGUUCUCAUUCGACUUAAUAGCUUGUUCAUUUGUAAAUUGUUUAUUUCAGUAUUCCACAUAAUUUGACAGAACAAAAGUGCAUAACUUUCAAAGCACAAUUUUAGAUUAGAUUUUUUUUAGUUGUAUUU